AUGGCGACAUGCAGGUCCCUUGUUCGCCAAUGCGCUGUUUAUCUGCGCGCAUCACAUAGGCCAUUGAAUCAUUCUUUACGCCAAUUACCUAGAUGCAACCCUCUACCUCGUAGCUACACUACCUCCGUGGCCGCCGCGGAACUCAAAUUCGGGCAACCGUUGCACGAGACGCAUCCCCACAUCCUCAGUCCUGGCGAACUUACGCCUGGAAUCACCGCCCUUGAAUAUGCGCAACGUCGAUCGAAACUCGCGAAUAAGCUGCCAAAAGGCGCCAUUGCGGUCCUGGCUGCAUCGGAGGUCAAAUACCGUGCGCAAGGCAUCUUCACUGAAUACCGCCAGGAUUCAAACUUCUUCUACCUGACAGGAUUCAACGAACCGAAUGCACUGGCAAUCAUCGGGAACGACGGCUCGGGCGACAAUCAUAUCUUCCAUUUAUAUGUACGGGAAAAAGAUCCCAGGGCAGAAUUAUGGGACGGGGCACGCUCUGGCACCCAAGCUGCCGUGGAUGUCUUCAAUGCGGACGAGACAGGCAACAUCGAACGGAUUGGAGAUAUUCUGCCUGGUAUCGUCCAGGGAGCUACGGAGGUUUACUCGGACAUCCCCACAUCUGAUGGCUCAAGGUCAUCCUUGAACCGUUAUCUGUAUGGACCGACACUCGCGUCGGAAAAGCUGAAGAAGGUCAUUGAGAACCGGCGGGUUAAGCCCUUGAAGCAUAUUCUUAAUGAGAUGCGGGUGUUCAAGAGUGAAAACGAGGUUGUACAGAUGCGUCGACUAGGCCAAGCUGCAGGGAGAGCUUUCACCGAGUCUAUGCGCCAAGAUUUCACCAAAGAGAAAGAUCUCUACUCAUUCCUUGAAUAUCAAUUCAAGGCGAAUGGAUGCGAUGGCAACGCCUUCGUCCCGGUUGUCGCGGGUGGUCAGAAUGCCUUGGCGAUUCACUACACUCGCAAUGACGACGUAUUGAAGGAUGGGGAUUUGGUUCUCGUUGAUGGUGGUGGUGAAUGGGGAAGCUACAUCUCCGAUAUCACUAGAACAUGGCCAGUCAAUGGCAAGUUCUCUGACCCGCAACGAGACCUGUACAAUGCGGUGCUGAAGGUGCACCGAAGCUGUCUCUCUCUGUGUCGUGAGACCGCCAACCUCUCGUUGGAUAAACUCCAUGGCAUCGCCGAGAAUGGAUUGAAAGAUGAGCUCAAGUCGCUGGGCUUUGAUAUCUCUGGCAAUGCACUGAGCACUCUUUUCCCGCAUCAUCUGGGCCACUACAUUGGUCUGGACGUUCAUGACUGCCCUGGUUAUUCCAGAGGCUACAACCUGAAGGCAGGCCAAUGUAUAACAAUUGAACCGGGUAUUUAUGUUCCGGACGAUGAGCGAUGGCCCGCCCACUUCCGCGGGAUCGGAAUUCGCAUCGAGGACAGUGUCUGUGUCGGAGAUGAACACCCAAUUGUGUUGACCCCUGAGGCUGUCAAGGAGGUCGAGGAUAUCGAGGCAUUGCGUAGUUAA